AUGGCUUCUAUUCACGAUUUGAAUCGCCCGCCGAACCCAUUCUGGGAUCAUUUGGCCGCAUCCUUCGAGGAUCAUCCUUUCUUCGCUCCUCGAGGCCAUCAUCAUCCUCCCCCUCCAUUCUGGGGCUGGGGUAACCAUCACCAUCCUCAUCGCCACCACCACCAUGGACCCCCUCCACCGUCAUUCUGGGGAUGGGGUCCCCAAGACCAAGAAGAGAACCACCCGCGGGGCUCUGAGACCCCUCGUGCCCAGACCACCGAGCCCGCCGCUGGCCCAUCUAGCUCUAACGAAAAGAGCCGCGAUGCCGAGAAGGGAGCAACCUCAUCUUCUGAGGUCGAGACCGAGAACGAAAAGCGCCCCCAUGGCCGAUGUGGCAAGGGUAAGCAUCACGGCCGUGGUGGUCACCAUGGACCCGGUAGAGGACGAGAUGGCAGGGGCCGUUGUGGACCCAGUCGCCACGAACACCCUGGAUUUGGACCAUUCGGUCAUCACGGACGAGGAGGUCAUCACUGGGGAGGCCAUGGCGGUCGAGGCAGACACCAUGGUGGCCCUCCCCCUCCCUUCGGCGCUGAACCAGGCUUCCAGAACUUCGACUUCUUGCGCAACCUCGCCUCUCAGUUUGGAAUCCAGUUGAACGGCCCAGCCCCAGAAGGUGUUGACUUUGUGCCAUCCGUGGAUGUCUUCGACACCCCGGCCAACUAUAUUGUGCACGUCUCUCUGCCCGGUGCCAAUAAGGACGACCUGAGCAUUGAUUACGACCCCGAUGAGUCUGUCCUGCGUCUCGCUGGUGUCGUCUACCGCCCUGGUAUCAGCGAAGAUUUGCACCAGGCUCUUGCAUUGGAGGAGCGAACCCGCGAAGUUGGCGUCUUUGAGCGUGCAGUCCGCCUAGGAACGCAUGAGGUUCCUGCUGCAAUCUCCAUUCAUGACAUCUCUGCUAAGUUAGAAGAUGGUAUUCUGAACGUGACUCUCCCGAAGAUUGCGCCAGAGCCGGAGCUGAAGAAGAAGGUUGUCGUUGAGGACGGCAAUAUCAUGAAUGAGAAAGACACUAUGCAGAUGGACGAGAAGGCUAGCGUGACAAUGACUCCCUCUGAAUCUGAUGAGAGUGAUUUUGAUGAUGGGGAGACCAAGGAUUAUGUGAAGGUCCCUGUGAAUUAA